UCGAUCGGAUGGAAUCAAAUUGCCAUAGAUUCAAAUUCAAUCUUGGACAUAGCCCAAGUACACAUGUUGGAAAGCUGGACUCUUUUAUGUGGACGAAGACGAGAACUAAGGAAAAAAACAUCGAUCUUCUCUCUCUCUCUGGUGAUAGCGUUUACAGAAGUUUUAGCGAAGACAAAAAUGGAAGAGAAAGAAAAAGGCAGCAAAGGAGGCAGUGAGGAGAGAUGGAAAGGAGCUAUAGCUAAUCUAACAGGGAUGACAUUGAAUCUAGACUCUCUUCAAAAGUUACUCCUUAAAAAAGCUGUCUUUGUUAAUGAAGAAACCUUCUCAAAAGCCUCCCUCACUUCUGAACAAGCCCGCUCUAUCAAGGUUCUUGAACAACGGGUAGAGACUUUGGAAAGAGAACUUGAUGCUGCCAUCUCAGCUGCUGCUCAUGCUCGUGCAGAAAAGCGUCAGGCAGAGGCAGCACAAAAGGAUGCUGAAUUACGUGCACAAGAGAUCACAAGAGAACUCGAGAGCACCACAAAGGUAUUUGAACUACACAUGGAGGAGUUGCGUGCAAAGCAAGAAGAAAUUUCUAAGCGUGAAAGUGACAUUAAACUUUUGGAAGCGAUAAUUCAGACACUUGGUGGUAAAGAAUCCCGUUCUACAAGGUACCGUGUUUGAAUUUAUCCCUCCUUUAACCUCUCUCGCGGCAGACAGGAGUGUGGGUCAGGUCUGAUGCUUUGAUCUCAAGUUUUGUAAUUAACGGUGGUGAUUUUACCAAUUAUACUAUAUGCUUUUAGCAUAGUGCAACAGUGCAGAAAAUGCUAUUUAAAUUGGUCUGACAAUUCAAAGACGGCUUAGCUCAA